UAGAUUUACGGUGCAACGAAACCUACUAAGAAGUUUGUCUGUAUCUUGUAACCGAGUGAUAUAUAUUGGUAAAUAUGAAGAUUAAAAUAUUAUCAGCCCUUGACGACAAUUAUAUGUAUUUAAUUAUUGAUGAAAAAACUAAGAAAGCAGGAAUUGUUGACCCUGUGGAACCGAAGAAAGUUUUGCAAGCGGUAUCAGAAGAGGGAGUUGAACUAACAACAAUAUUGACCACUCACCAUCAUUGGGAUCAUGCUGGUGGAAAUGCUGAAUUAGUUAAACUGAAAAGUGGUUUAGAGGUAUACGGAGGUGAUGCUAAUAUUGCAGAUUUAACCAGGAAACUAUCUCACGGUGAUGAAUUCCAUAUAGGUUCUUUGGUUGUCAAAUCAUUACUCACACCUUGCCAUACGAGAGGUCAUGUUUGUUACUUUGUUGAAGACAGUUCACAAGGUCCUCCUGCAGUAUUUACGGGGGAUACUUUGUUUUCUGCUGGUUGCGGAAAAUUUUUUGAAGGCACUGCUGAACAAAUGUAUGAAGCUUUGGUAAAAAUCUUAGGUUCUUUGCCUGAUAACACUGAAGUUUAUUGUGGUCAUGAAUACACAGCAAAGAACUUACUAUAUGCUGCUCAUGUGGAGCCAGGUAAUACAGUUAUUCAUGAUCGGCUUAAGUGGGCAAAAACCAAAAGAGCUGCAGGUGAACCAACGGUUCCUUCAACUAUUGGUGAUGAGAAAACUUUUAAUCCAUUCAUGCGAGUACAUGAAACUGAUGUAUUGAAACACACUGGUCAGAGUGACCCUAUUCUUGCUAUGCAAGCACUGCGCAAUGAGAAAAAUAACUUUUCAGCCCGUAUUUAAGUAUUAUCGUUUAAUGCUAAACAUUAUGAAUAAUUAAAAAUUGCAAAUGUUUUACUAAUCACAUGUUUGAUUCUCAAAUGUUGUAAAUAGAAAAGAUACGAAUUUAUUAUAUACAUUUUUCAUUACUGUACUUGAGUCAAAAGAAAUAAAAAUUCAUGUUCAGUAAAAUUUCUCUUUGUAAUAAGUUGUAAGAUAUAAUAAAUUAUUAAACACUGUA